AUUAAUACAUAUUCAUAGCAAAAUUAUUAAACGUUUUACUGGAAAUAACCGACAGUAGAAAUAAAAUUCUCGAAAUUCCUUGGAGGACAACUACAAUCUUCACCUAUCCGAAAUUUUCGCGAAUAUUUUCAACAUAUCAAAUGGCUUAUAUUAUGUGGUAGCAUCCUUUAAUAAUACGUAGAUAUUUGAUAAACAGAAACGUGUAUACUUUUAGGAUACACAAGUUUCUUUGGGACAAACAUUUCUUCAUAAGUUGAUUAAAAAACUCCCCCAAAUCCUUAUAACUGUGAAGGUUACGUUAGGAUUGAAAACGCUUUGAUUCUUGGAUUUACAAUUUUUUUAUUUACUGCUGUCAUGGCGAAAUUGUUACUAAAAUUGUUGUUGGUCGUAGCGAUGUUAUAUGUAUUCAGAGUCCAAGCAACACAAUUGGCGAGUGAAAUUGCCACAUGUGACUUUGAAGAUACAGUGGACUUAACCAAUGCUCGUAAAUUUGCAAAUGGCUCAUAUCACUAUAAAGGUCUUAGUGUCCCCUCCGAACAAGUUGCCAUAUAUGACUACAUUGUAACAGCUGAGGGUGAAAAACAGGCGCAUGAGCCACAUCCACGCGCCUGCGUAUGCCACGAAAGGAAUUGCAUACAAUUUUGCUGUGAUCCUAUCAAAGAAGUGCUUUCCCGCUCUGGCAAAUGCGUGCCAUUGAGAAAGCGAAUCGAUUAUGACUCCCGCAUAAGGGUGAUAAGCCGCAAAGAUUCUGACCAGCUGCUAAAUGCUUUGGAAGAUUUCAUCGUGGUCAAAGGUAUACCUUGUGCCAACGCAUAUGCUCUGUCCCCAAAAACCACCGAACAAGAUGAUUGGGAGAUGCUUGAAAAUGGCACCAUGAUGCUGACAUAUUACGAUACUAUUUUAUCAAGGAAUAACUACUGUCUGACGCCCCAGCUUACUGCUGACAAUACGUGGUCGCUGACCGCCUUUAAUUGUCCGAUUCCCAAUGGGUUAUCAACUACGUUGCAAACUUUCAAUUAUGGGGCUGCUAUGUCAACUGUACUUCUGUUCAUUGUUGUUAUCAUCUACCUAUGUAAGCGACAACUCCGUAAUAUAUAUGGUCAUUGCAUCGUCUACUGUUUAUUAUCGCUGAUAUUAGGAAACUGCAUCUUGUUCAUAAUUUCAUUUACAGAAGUUGUAUUUCCCAAGCUUCUGUGUAGCUGUAUGGGCUUUUCGGCAUACUUCUUUUUUGAGUCUUCCUUCAUUUGGCUUGCCAUACUGGCCUACGACAUUUGGCUUUCAUUAAGAACUUCGGAAAAUGCAAAUGUCAGCGAUAAAAAAAGACUUCAAAAGUAUGAAGUAAUUGGCAUUUGCAUACCGUUGUGUGUAACAAUGGUAGCGGUCAUUAUUCAAUAUUCCAAUAUUGAUAAUGGUUUCAAGCCAGGUGUGGGCGAAGAGUACUGUUGGAUUGAUGUUCAUAAAUGGGCCUCCUUGAUUUAUCUCUUUGGAUUAAAUUCUUUGAUAUUGCUAUGCUCGUACAUCAUCCAUUGUCUGUCACUGAGAGACAGCACAAACAAGAAGCAACAUCAGCAAGUAGCACUUACUCCGGACCUCGAUGUCAAUAUGUUACAUAUCUAUUUAAUGUUUCUGUCGGUGAUCUCGAUAUCGUGGUUUUUGUACUUUGCAUCCUUUUUGGAAGAAAUGACCAAUUCUACCACACAGUCAAUGAGGUAUGCCACCGGAAUUAUGAAUUUCAUCGAUGGACCCGCUAUCUUGUUUAUCCUUGUAAUAAAGACCAGAGUUACUUCAUUACGCAGAAAACGAUCACCAUCGACUGAGUCAUUAUGUGGUCUACAAUAUUCGAAAGUAACAGAUGACGAUGUUUCGUUUGUUUUUGGAAAAUUUGGAAAGCAAAAAACAAAAAAAUCAAAUUCACCUUCGCCAUAGCAAAGCAAGUAAAGAUUUUAAAAUAUAGUUUUAAAAAGUCAUUGAAAAAACAUAAGAGAAUCUUAAACAUCAAAAUAUGAU